UACUGAGUGUCGUCAGGGCCUGGGGCAUCAGUUUCCUCCUAGCAGAGUCUCAAGAUGAAGCUUAUCAUCCUCGCCACCGCCCUGGCCCUGGCCGCCGCCGCCCCCACCCCUGACCAGGAUAGGGAAGUGGUCCCCAUUGUGAAGUAUGACCGCAUCCAGGAGGACGACGGGAGGUACAGCGUGGAUGUGGAAACAGGAAAUGGCAUCCGUUGGUCCCAGUCCGGCUCCCCCGUGGAUAAUGGCGCCAUCGCCACAGCCGGCCAAUACUCCUACACCGCCCCUGACGGCAUCUUGGUUGAGAUGAAAUUCGUGGCUGACGAGAACGGUUUCCAGCCCGAGUCUCCCUUCCUCCCCGUGGCCCCUGAGUUCCCCCACCCCAUCCCUCAGUUCGUGCUGGAUCAGAUCGAGUUCGCCGCUAAGGAGGAUGCCGAACUCAACCGCCAGUCAUAGACGCCCAGCGAUAUAAAUGUCACGACUACACAUGAACGGCGCUGCUCGAAGCCUCGCCUCUGACGCACGCGCUGUCAGCUCUGAUUUGUAUAUUUAUUGAUAUUAUUGUGUAUAAUAUAUGUAAAGUAGAGUACAA